CGUCAGGCGAAAAUACAUUUGGCCUUCGAAGUUGCAUCAAGCUCUAGGCAGCACUAUUGUCGUUAAAUCUCUUCAACUAUUGCAAGAACGUGAUACACGAUACAAGAUUAUAUAUUUUAUAUUUUAUUUUUUUUUAUUAUAUUUUACAGAAUUUUGCGCGUUCGUAUAAUGUUUGCGCGGUUAACAUUUAGGAAUGUACAGAAUCUUUAAAUUCACGUGUCGCGUCUAGGUCGUAAAGAAUGCCGGAGUUACGGAAACCAGCUGAUGACUAUACGGUUAUUUUUAUUCGCUGGAUUUGCGAAUGAACGAGAUGAUUCCCUUACUGAAACACGCAUUUAAAGAGCCGUUCCACGAGGGGAUCGUCGUCAUGUAACAUAGAUCGCGAAGCAAACAUUCCUCCCGAGCAUCCGCAUCAAUUCUUCUGCCGACUGAAAACGGCACGCAAGAAUUUUCUCAAUCUGCUGCCUAAGCUUCUCUUCUUCUUCUUCAUCGAUUCAUCAAGUGUCUUUCGUUUCUCCACGUCGUCGAUAGGUAGAAUCUGCUCCUCGUCGCGCGAUGGCUUCAAUGACGAUAGUGAAUUGGAUCCGCGUUUCUCGAUCUGAAUUUCCUCGAGGCCAACCUCUCUCGAGCUGGAUGCCACGUACUGAGUCGAGUGAGAUCUCAAUUCUUCAUCAAGCUCGAUGUUGCGAGGACGACCAGUCGACUUGCUCCCUCGAAGAGUCUCUAUCGUAACUUCUUGCUCAUUGGCAACAUUACCCUCGAUGGUUCUAACGAGCUGUUCCUCCUUCUCCUCCCAAAUGGCGAUGCGUUCUUUACUGGUCGAAGAAGCGUCGGUCUUGGAGUAAACUGAAACUGCCUUGUUCUCCAGCUCUUCGAUUAGCUGGUGCAACAGACCGAUGGUUACGCUAGUCGCUUCGUUAACCGUUUUGUCUUCCUUCUCUUUCCAGGUCGGUUUCGCCGACUCGGCUGGGUCAAUCGGUGGGUGAUCGAGGAUCGCGUGUAUAAUCCGAUGCGUGUCGCCUUGACCCUGAGUCGUGUGCCGAGUUUCGGCGACGUCGGUUGCCUCCUUCGUGAGCGACACACCGUCAACGGCGCAUUUCACCUAUACAAGCGAGAACAGAUGCGUGUUUCAGAUCAACAUAAAGAAGAAUGCAUCGUCAAAAGAAUCAUCGAACAAAUAUUGCAUCUUCUCGAACAUGGAUCAUGAUAAUUCAUGGAAAGUAACAAUAAUCCCAUCUCAAGCUACAUUAUCAAAUGACACAAUAACAUUUUCCACAAGAACUUUAAGUACUAUACGUGAGCAGAAGAGUAAACAAGAUCUAUCGUUCAAUAAAAAUAAAGAAGAAAACGAGAACGCGUAUAGAAACGCUGAAAAAUCUCAAAUUACAUCAUUAUCUUCUACCUAUCAAAAAUUGAAUCAUAAUAUUUCGCAUCCUUCGCCUAAGUCAGAUAAACGAUUGAUUUGUGCAUUAUGCGAAAAUGAGAAAAAAUUGCAUGAUCAAAUAAAUAAGAAAAUUAAUAAAGAAAAUACAUAUUCUCAAAUACAUCCUGACAUAAAUAAUGCGACGAACGCGCCAUUUAUCGAGUUAGGAGCAGUUUAUAAGAUUCUUGACUUUAUUACAGACUCUGAUCCUAAAGUUUCUUCGUUGACUAAUAACUGCUGUAAUGAGAUUUCGCUAAUAUUGCAAUGUUUGUUAAGCCAGCGUGAUGAUAAAAGAUUAGAGGAUCUUCUCUUAAACGAUUCUUCAUUAUACAGAUGCGAACAUUGCGGAGUAAUAAGUUAUAUCCCAGGAUUGCAUUCUGCUACUGAAGAGAUUAAAGGGAAUGGCACAAGAGCUAGGACAAGAGAUGCCGAGAUUACAAAUACCGAGCGUGAUUGUAUUAAUAAUGACCAAAAUAAGGAGAAAUUAGAAAUUUCAAUAAAUUUCCCAGAUUUGAAGAAUAAUGCGCAACCGAGAAUAUCUAUCGAUGGCUCUAACGUAGACGGUCGUGCUAAAUAUAAAAACGAAUUGAACAAAAUUGAAUCAUUGCCAGUUAAAAAGCGCGCUUUCGCAAUAAAGAACUGUAUUGGAAAUCCGAAUAAAGUUAAUAAUAUUUCCGAUACGGAAGUCGACGUCAAGAAUAUCAUUAAACAUAAAUCUUAUUUUAAUAAUAAUGCCAUUAAAAGAUUGUUUACAGAUUUUAAAACAACAAAAAGGAAUAAGAAAUACGAUUACAAUAGAAUUGCGCGAAAUAAUAAUCCGGAUAAAUGUGAGUCUUCGACUGCGAUGAAAGUCUAUGCUGAUAUUGAUAAGGAAGAGAUCGUAAGGAAGAUUUCAUAUGAAUGUAAAUCGCAAAUCGACGAUGUGCUGGCGCGAGAUAUGCAUUUUGAAACUGCGCAAAAGAUCCAUGAUUCGCAGCGACUGUUCGAGAAACACGGCGAUAUUUAUCCGAUUAUCGAUACUGUGAAAUAUUUGGCACGUGGUCAAUUUACGAUAUUGGACAAGCAAAAGGAUGAACUUUUUUCAAAAUUACAAGAAAUACGUUGCACUAGCUUCGAAGACGUAAGAAAGGAACAAAGCACCAUUUUGUACAACAGUAGAGACGAUUAUCCGCAAUAUAAUUCUGGAUUCUGGUUAUUCGACAAAACGGGACAUUUGCCCGAAAUAGUUUUGGACGAAUAUCGUUGUUUACUGAUGCCAAGAAUGGACGGUAACAGAGAGAACAUUCACUUUUCAACAAAUAGUUCGCGACGUUCUAAUACGAAAGAAACGGCAAAAAACAUGGAUAAUUGGUGUAAUUACAUUGAAAAAGAUUCUCUUGAAGAUUGCACUUUAAAACAAAGAGGAGAAAGUACCACAACUUUUAGCUCGUCAUCUACUGAGAAUUUUAUACACGAAUGGAUAGAGUUUUUAAAUAAAAAAUACAAAAUAAAUGAUGCAGAUGAGAACAUUUCCAGAGGCCGCAAAUUAGUUUCGUCAAAGCCUUCUCUGGAUAUCGCUCGACAUGUCAGAGCUCAAAUUGCAAACGAUAGGCGUUCGGAUGCAAAAAAAUCAAUACGCAAACUACGAGUGCACGAUUCUGAUAUUUUUAUUCGAUUAUCGCCGAAAAUACAGAAAAAGAUUUGUCAUUUAAUUCAUAAAAUAGUAUCCGGUAAGGAUUCAAUAUUUCAUCAUGAAAAAUGUUUAAUAACUGACACGUCAAAUAAUGAAAAAUUGCAGCAUUCUAAAUCCGUGAAUGCCAGUUUCGUUCAUUCAAACGAGAUGACAAAUAAUUUCGCAAACGUUUGUAUUUCAACCAAAUUAUCUGAAUUAUCGCAAGAUAAGAAUUGUUUAUUUAAAAGACAAGAUAACUUCGUAAAUACGUGUAGUCAAGAUUCAAACUUCAAAGAUUCUGUCAAGAUUUCUUAUGAAAAUAUGGCUAUUUCUUCUGACAAGCUGGAAAAAACAAGACUUUCAGACAAUUUUACGAGAAAAGUCACGUGGCACAUUAUUUACAAAAAUACAUCGUUAAAAGAUAUCGUUGGUAAUGUUGAUGAGCACACCGAUAUUUUAACAAUUUAUCGCAAAAUUCUUGAGAACAGUGAAAAUAUGGACUGGGACAGUUUUCAGAAGUUUAUUGAAAUUCUUCAUCCUGGUCAAAAGAAAUUAUGGCGUGAUAUAUGUAAAACAAUCAGCAAAGAAGCGAAAAGCAUAGCCGACGAUACGGAUGAUAACAUGGAAGUUUGUAUAGAGAUCAGUCCUUCAAUAAAUUCUGGAGAUACUUUAAAGACAGACGAAGUAACGGAAUGUACUUGGGAAAUCGUGUUCGAGUUGGAUAUGACGUUGAAGGACGUUGAGACUUUUUUUUUAACAAAAAAUGACGCUUAGCUGAUCAGAAAAUCAUCUUGACAUACAUAUAUAAAGAUGCUAACAAAAGUACGAGCGGAUUGAAAGGAUGAACGAAAAACGAUUUCUAAGCCUAGACUCGUAUAAUUAUGUCAUUCUUGUGUCAUAUCGAUUUUAUAUAUAUAAAUAUUUUUCCUUCUACAAUUUCUAUUUUUCUUACUCGGUCGUAUACGCUAUUCGUAUUUUAAAUGGCUGGAGCUAGAAUAUUUAUGCCGUGAAAUAUGUGUUAUUAGUCUCGCUAAAGAAAAUAGAUUGUCAAUAUUUAUAUAUCUCGAUCACAUUUGUCAUAAUCCAACGAUACACAUUUUAGCUUCGAAACGAGGAAGACUAUCAAUACGCGUAUUUCGCUUAUCAUUGCUCCAAGAUGGCCUCGCCCAUUGUUAAUAUCAGGCGCCGCUCGAGUAAAUGGCUAGGUGGGUAAAUAGGUUGGUAAGGACGAUGGCGCGGCGCCUCACGUCCGCGACAGGGUGGGUCGCCUCCCGCAGG